AAACUUUUGUCCCCUUUCCCUUCUUUAUUCGUGUAGAACUCGUCCUUACAGAAAAAAAUCGCGAAAGAAGAAAAUAGGUGUAAGCUUCAUCUGCAAACUCAAAAACCCAAUCCCAAACCUCACCUUGGAACCACCAUUUUAUAUUCUAUCUUACGAGUAUAUCGCAUCACACUUCUCCUCACAAUGAUGACGGUUGAUGUUGUGUCGAAAAUUGGGACUGAUUUGUCUACCGACUCUUCAAAUAAGAGAGCGAGCACUGAGGAUGAAAACAUGCCAAGUCCCAAGAGGAUUGCAGAUGCCCGAUAUCCCUACCCAGAUCUUUUUGAUUCAGAUCUCGUUAGCAGCUUUAUGAGCGAUGAAGCCAUUAAGAAGUUAUGUGACAAAUUGACCAAGAAUCACGUACUUGUAAAGAUGGGACAGGAGAUGCUUCAAUCUUUUGAUGAAGAUGUGUUAGCUGAAAAUGGUACUUCAAGAUUUGAUGCGAGAAAACACUUCGAAGCUCUGAAAAAUAUUUGGAAAAAUGAACAAUUCAGUUGCCUUUUGUAUAAAGCAUUGGAGGUCCAGAAAUGUAUCCUGCCCGACAUGAUAGAACAUUUUUCAAGGAAAUUUUGCCAAGAAAAAUUUGAGGAACGGAUAGCUUGUAUCAAGAAAGCUUACUGCUUCAAAGAUGUUCUGAAAGUCCAAGAUCCAAUUGCUACUAAUACGACUACUAUGAUGAAGUUUUUAUUAAUAUUCUGCGUCUAUUGGAGUUUUUAUUUGUAUUUUACACUUUACAUGUUCUACUUUGCUAAGUUGACCGGCACAGGGAUUAAUAAAGUAAAAACUGUGUGGUUGAGGUUUGUGCAGAGGAGAGUGGAACCACAAAUUCUUUACUUAAAAAGGAAAGUGGCAAAGUUAGUGUGACAUCCAAAAAAGGAAAGUUGGCAAAGUUUUAAGGGACGGAGGGAGUAUUUGUUAAUGUAUUUUUUAAUUGAAAACAGUACUACCUCCAUUCCAAAAUAUAAGAUGCAUUUGGUUUGGUUUAACAGAACUGAAACGUACCAAACCGAAUUAAACCAAACCGAAACGUACCAAACUGAACCAAAACUGGACCAUAUGCAAUUUGGUUUGAGUUUGGUAGUAUUUCUUCCAAACCAUAUUAAACCAAACUUAAUACCGUAUUCAACCGAACCGAAGGUGAUAAAAACUGAACGAAACUGAACCGAACUAAAAGAUAUUCAGUAAAACCUUCAUAUAUUAUUAACAAUUAACAAAUCCAAACCGAACUAAACCGAACUAAACCGAACAGAACCAAACCGAAAAAGAGUAUGGUUUUUGCAAACAUAUUCGACACACCAUGAAAACCUCAGUUGGCGCACACUUCGUCUAUAGGUUUGCAUGCAAUGUUGUCGUGUAGCAUGUAUCACAUGCAAACUAUUUACUAAACUUGAUUUGGUAUGACAAUAUCUCUCUUGUUGACUACUUUACCAUGUAUGUGAAGGCGGCUUCUAAUCAUUCUAAUAAUGUACUGGAGUUGUGAAGAUGAGUAUCUUGAGUUGGAUACAAUGGAUUGCACUGUUACAGUAAAUGCUCCUUUGGGUGAAAAUACACAACACGCUUUGGAUCUAUUUCAGAAAUUACUUCGGACGAUGAAGCAGAGAGGCGCUCCCCGUGGUACAAUUGAAGAGUUGCGAAGUGAAGUGGAAUCUUCUCGUGUAACAGACCCCUUCCAAAUCAUUGUUUCUGCGUCGAUGAAAGCAAGGGAUUGGCUUAAUGAGGAAGGCUCUCCCAUUCCAGAACUUGUUGGGGAAUGUUUCAUCAUGGAGCUGGCCAUUGGAAUUGAGAGGAAAAAAAGUCAUGACCUUGUUGCUAUGGCCAAGACUUUUCUGGAAAAUCUAGAUUCUUCUGAUCUUGCAAAUGCUCCCAUCUCCCCUGUUUCAAAGCAAAACCGUUUUGAUCUAGUGCAAAGGCAAUCUGAUUUAUUGAAAAGUGUCCUGGAUAAUUCUGAUUUUGUUGAUGUAUUCCGUGAGAAAAUCAAACAGGAUUGGAAUUUUCGUGAAAAAGUUGUGGAGUACAACUACCAAUACAGCAUGAGGAGGAGCAAACAAACUUUUUCUGAUGAUGCCAUUGAGGAUGCAAUGCAUCGUAUCAAGAAUGAUGUUUUCUGCAGAGAUAUUCUUCAAAAGAGGGAAAAUAUUGCUUUACUGAGGGGAUUCUUGAUUAUAGUUUUUGCAUACCACACUUGGGAUAUUCUGAAGUUUGUGGAUGGACUUCGCGCCGGAUAUCCUACGAGAGAUAAGCAUAUUAUUCAUGUGCCUAAGUUUGCUGGUGAUGUUGAGGGAUUGAAGACUGCGGUAGAAGAGAAGUUUAACAAUGAUGUAGAUUUGUCAUCUCAGCUUGUGUUUCGUAAGCUUGCAUGCAUACAAUUCCAACACGAAGUGUGUGGUAGAUUGAAUUGUUAUAGCACUCAUGGGUGUUAUACAUUCGUGUUGACAAAGGAUGGAAAAUGGUUGGUUAGUUUCGACUAUGAAUAAUGGAUGCUUGCAAGUCCAGUCAGCUACUGUUUAUCAUCAUUAUAAGUAUGUGUCAUCACACUUGUGUAGUCAUUUAUUCACUCCCGUUUGAGUGAAUAACUAAUAAUGCUCGUAUUUGCUUUUAUUUGGUAAUGCACCUAAUGAACCAGUAAUGGAUGAGUAUGAAGAAGUGAAAUCGAAUAUAUUACAAACUAAUUGUGGUUGGAUCUUGGACACCCA